AUGUGGCCACGAUUAAGAAAACCAUGUCGUACAUGGUCAAUCGUUCUUUCUAUCGUACUCUUCAUGGGAAUACUUUUCGUUUGGCCAUGGAAAAGACGGGAAGCCGAAGAUCCUCGCGACGAUUACGUUUCACUGCGAUUGUUAGACAAUCAAAGAGAUUACAUAGAUCGCAAAGGAGUACACGUAGUAGUGGGUCAUUAUAUUGGAGACUCUGUGGAUCCUUUGAAAACACCGAACAUUACGAAAGAUCUGAUUAAUAAAAAUAUGUUUGAUCCACGUCCAUUUGAGGGGAAAAACGGUGGUCCAGUUCUUGUGCCAGCGAAAGAUUUUUACAAAAUGCAACAACUUUUUCAAAUUAAUCGGUUUAAUUUGAUGGCUAGUGACAGAAUACCGUUAAAUCGAUCUUUGCCAGAUGUCAGAAGGAAGGGGUGUAUAACGCGGUAUGCAAAUUUGAGUAACUUACCAAAAACAUCCAUAAUUAUCGUCUUCCAUAAUGAAGCUUGGAGUACGUUGCUCAGGACUGUGUACAGCGUUAUCGAUAGAUCGCCAAGGAAUUUAUUAGAGGAAAUAAUUUUUGUUGAUGAUAAUAGUGACAGAGAUUUUUUGAAGGAUGCGCUAGAUGAACAUAUAAAGAAUUUAAAAGUUCCCACUAAAGUCCUUCGUUCUAGGAACCGAAUAGGUCUGGUGAAUGCGAGACUUUUAGGUGCGAAUGAAGCCAAAGGUGAAGUUCUCACAUUUCUGGAUGCACACUGCGAAUGCACGGUUGGAUGGUUGGAACCUUUACUUGAAGCCGUUGCUAAAAAUAGAACAAGAGUCGUAUCACCCGUUAUCGAUAUAAUAAACGACGACACUUUCAGUUAUACUCGAUCUUUCGAGCUACAUUGGGGAGCAUUUAACUGGGAUUUGCACUUUCGGUGGUUAGCAUUAAACGGUCGAUUAUUUAAAGAAAGACGCGACAAUAUUGUCGAACCGUUCAAAACUCCCGCUAUGGCUGGAGGCUUAUUUUCCAUGAACCGAGAUUAUUUCUUUGAGCUAGGCAGCUACGAUGAUCAAAUGAAAAUUUGGGGUGGAGAAAAUUUAGAAUUGUCAUUUCGAGUAUGGCAAUGUGGUGGCAGCGUAGAAAUUGCCCCAUGCUCCCACGUAGGUCACCUGUUUCGAAAAUCAUCCCCGUACACUUUUCCAGGUGGUGUCGGAGAGAUUUUGUACGGUAAUCUCGCCAGAGUGGCUUUGGUGUGGAUGGACGAAUGGGCAGAAUUUUAUUUCAAGUUUAACGCAGAGGCAGCUAGAUUAAGGGAUAAGCAACCAGUUCGAUCUAGAUUAGCGUUACGUAAAAAAUUGCAGUGUAAGAGUUUCGAGUGGUAUCUGGAUAAUAUAUGGCCAGAACAUUUUUUCCCAAAAGAUGACCGUUUUUUCGGACGGAUCGUGCAUGAUUCAUCGAAAAAAUGCAUCAUGCGACCAACCACGAAAGGAACUUAUUCACAGCCUUCGGGAUACGCGGUUCUUGAAACUUGCAUGCUGCGACCGAUACUUAGCCAAAUGUUCGUGAUGACAAAAGACGGAGUUAUAAUGACUGACGAGAGUGUCUGCUUGGAUGCACCUGAGAACGAUACUCAGCAUAAGACACCGAAAGUGAAAAUAAUGGCAUGCAGCGGUCACAAUAAACAAAAGUGGCAGUACGAUGAACAAACGAAAACGUUUCUACACGUGUCCUCCGGAAUGUGCCUACAAUCAAAAAACGGCGAGGGUCCUGUGAUAGCAGCCUGCACGAGAAACGUCGAUCAGAAGUGGUUACUGGAGUCAAUCCCUUGGAAAUAAAAUUACCAGUAUUUUUCAUAUUUAACACUGCCAAGAAAGCAACGAG